ACCCAAAAAAACAAGAUCAUCUUCAGAGUCAUCGUCGUUCCAAAGUCGCUAAAGUCUUCCUCAAAGUCUACUUCUAUUUCUGUUUGUACAAUAAUAAUAUUUGCAUGAUCCCCAUUCAUCUCAGACCAAACCCACAAAAACAAAUCUCCCCAUUCUCAAGAAUCCCCCCCACUUGUUUGAUUUUCUGUUUUAGAGUGUUUAAUUCUGUUUUAGUUUUUGAUAAAACACACAACAUAUUGAAUUUGAGACCCCCAAAAUCAUCGAAAAAUCUCCAUCACCAUGUUGUCAAACAUCCACCAAAUGCCGUCGACAAAAGCAGUGAUAUCGGCGGUUGCCUCCGCCGCCGCGACGGCGAUGGUGGUCCGGUCGGUCGCGAAAGACUUCAUUCCUUACGAGUUCCAACAGUAUAUCGCCGUCAAGCUCCGCGACUUCCUCAGCACUUUUUCCAAUCAGAUCACUCUCGUCAUCGACGAAUUCGACGGCCUCAACCGCAAUCACAUCUUCCACGCCGCCGAGAUCUACCUCGGCACCAUCAUCAGCCCCUCCACCAAACGCUUCCGAGUCACCAAACCCGAAAAGGAAACCAAAAUUAACCUCUCCAUGGAACGAAACGAAGAUCUGACCGAUACUUUCAAUGGAUUCAAGCUCAAUUGGCAAUUCAUCUCCAAACAAAUCCCAGCCAAGUACGUUCCCGAUCCCCACGACCAUUACAGUUCAACACUCCAAACAGAGCUCCGAUUCUUCCAACUCAGAUUCCACAAGAAGCACUUAUCCAAGGUCAUCGACGAGUACUUGCCCUACGUUUUGGAGAAAUCGAAGAUCGCCAAGGAUCAGAAGAAGACCCUGAAGCUCUUCACUCUGAAGCGUGACGGUCGGAUUGGCGGUAGAAUCAACAACCCGUGGCAGUCGGUGAAUCUGGAUCAUCCAGCGAAUUUCGAUACGUUGGCGAUGGAUUUGGAUGAGAAAAGGACGUUAAUGGAGGAUCUGAAGAGGUUCGUGAAGAGAAAAGAGUUUUACAGGAGGGUUGGGAAGGCGUGGAAGAGAGGCUACUUGUUGUUUGGUCCGCCUGGGACGGGGAAGUCGAGCUUGAUCGCGGCCAUGGCCAAUUACUUGAAUUUUGAUGUGUAUGACUUGGAGUUGACUGAUCUGAGGAGUAAUGCGGAUCUCAGGAAUUUGCUGAUUACGACGGCCAACCAAUCGAUACUAGUUGUGGAAGACAUUGAUUGCUCCAUUGAGUUGCAGGAUAGAAUGAAGGCUGCGGCUAUGGCUGCCGCUGCCAGAACCAGGGAUCCUUAUUAUGCGUAUAAUCAAGGUUCUGGAGUUACCUUAUCAGGACUGCUGAACUUCAUUGAUGGAUUGUGGUCAAGUUGUGGGGACGAGCGAAUCAUAGUGUUCACAACAAAUCACAUAGACAAGCUCGACCCUGCUUUAUUGCGUCCAGGUCGCAUGGACGUGCACAUUCACAUGUCCUAUUGCACCCCUUGUAGCUUCAAAAUGCUUGCCUCCAAUUACCUUGGAAUUACAGAGCACCCGCUCUUCUUGGAGGCCAAAGUAUUGAUAGAGAUGAAGAAGGUGACUCCGGCUGAAAUAGGCGAGCAGUUGAUGAAGAGCGAUGAGCCUGAGAGGGCUCUGAGAGGCCUCAUCAGGUUCUUGGAGGAGAAGAAGGAGAAGGAGAAUGAAGAAAUUAAAGCUCCUGAAGUUGAACAAAAAGCUUCUGGGUCGGAAGUUAUGCCAGAGGUGUCUAAGAUUUUGUCGUGACUAAUUUAUGAUGUAAGCAUGUCUCCAUAAAGUGGCUCACAUGCCACAUUGUUUUUAUUUAUAUAUAUAUAUAUGUAAUCAAUAAUAUUUGGGUAA